AUGGGAAAACGUGCAUCAGAGGUAUUUGCAGGCAACCAGAGCUGGGGUUUCUUGGAAAGGAUCGAUGCUGAACUUCAUGCUGCUGUCACUGCUGUAUAUUCAGGCGUUUUGCAGUUUGAUGGGGCAUUUGAAACCAUGGAUGAGGCGGCAGACUUGGUGCAUGAGCUUCUGCCUCAUCGCUCUGCUAGGGAUGUUGCGACAAUGUCCCGGAGCCUCGGGGCGUGGAAGACCCGUGGACGCCUGGCACCUAGCAUGGCGCGGCAAUUGAGUGAAGGCCUCCCUUCCAUGCCUAGGCGCGUGCUCAGGCCUCGUGUGGAUCCUGGUGAGGCUUUUACUUCACUAGUCGAGAGCAGCCCUGCCAUUGCUUUGGAGAAGCUCAAGAAGGCUAUCAAGGCGAGGCGGGCAUCAAAGGUUGGUCGUGAGGAGCGAGAGAAAGAAUCUCGUGAGAAGUGGGGUCUGGAGCUUGUUUCUUAUAUCAAGGAGGCCGGACUCCCCUGUGCCGGCCGGAUGCUUGCUAUGGGCGACCACAACAACUUGUGGUUACGCCUCUUCGGGAAUCGUAGGUCCAAGACUCUUCGAAAUCGGGCGAUGGCCUGGCGCGGGUUCCGAGCUUGGAUGCAGGUGGCUUAUGGUUCAGUGUGGCCUGACAGUAUCGCAGCUUUCUUGAAGUAUCUUGAGGAGCGCCACGAGGUGCCAAGUGAUGACAGGUUCAGCCACGACUCCAUGCUUAUUGAGAGUUUCAGGACCCCUUUCCGGCAUGAAGGGCGCUGGGGAUUGAAUCGGGAGCUCUUGAUCCCGGGGCGCAUGGUGCAUUACUGGACAGGCCAUUCGGCGCGCCACACUCUUCCCAGUUUAGCUGCUGCUUUGGAUAUUGGAAAGGAGAAGCGAGACUUCUUAGGACGAUGGGCGUACUCCCAGCACGGGUCACAAGACUACGUCCUCACGUCUCGUCAGGUGGUACAUGCUGUUCAGAAUCAUGUCUGCAAAUCACUCAUCAUGGGGGACUACAUCGAGGAGGAGGUUUUGGGUGAUCUCGAGGUGCACGCUUGCGGCCUCGGAGCAGAAGCCAUGGCAGGCCAUCACGUGCUCAGAUGGGAUGGCAUUCAGCGCACUUGGGCGCUCGGCGGGACUCUCCCUGCAUUUCAGGUGGCCGGGCAUAACAGAGCUGAGGCAGCUGGUGAUCUGGAUGCAGAGACGAAGGAGCCCUUCAAGGUGAUGGAAAACAGUAAGGUUGAAGGUGAUUUUCCGUACUUCGUUACCAUCUCGAGGUCCGGCUUUCGGCGACUUCACCUGUCCGGGGCCUGUGCAGUCAAGCAAGAGAGGUGUGCGGAGACU